CACCUCCUCUACCUCUACCACCUCCUCUGUCUCCACCACCUCCUCUAUCUCCUCUCGUCUCCCCCUGGCGCCGUCUCCGCGUGCUCUGCGUCCUCCGUGCCCGUCACGGCGUCGCGUGCUCGUGACGUCCUCGUUACGUCAUCGUGGCGCCCGAGGCCCCUCCCCCCCGGCGUCAUCGCCGCCGCCGCCGCCUCUCUCGGAAGCAGCGCUGCCUCGAGCGCUCUCCUCGCCAGCGGAGGCCGCGCCGCCUCUCAACCCCGCCCCUCCUGCUGUGGUUGUGGUGGUGCUGUGGUUGUGGUGGUGCUGUGGUUGUGGUGGUGCUGUGGGUGUGGUGGUGCUGUGGUUGUGGUGGUGCUGUGGUUGUGGUGGUGGUUGAUGCGUGAGGAGUUUCGCGCGUCCGUACUCACUGCGGAGUCCGGCGACUGGGCCCCGACUCCUCGUCGUGGACACCUAGCCUGCCCGGUCCUGGCUCGUGCGGGUCUCAGGCCACACGCCACGGGGCUCGGGCUCCAUCGGCCUCCUCCUCCACCCCGGGUGUCCGUGAUGCCCGGCGGUGAGGCGCGGCUGCGAUGCUGACGUGGGGCCGGCGGGCCCCGAACCGCGACAUCGAGCGGCGCGCCGAGUACCGGGCCCCGGAGCGCUGCACGCCACCCCCGCCCGACAUGGGCCGCGCCGGCUGGUUCAUCCGCGACUGCUGCGGCAUCACGUGCGCUGUUAUCACCUGGAUGCUCGUCGUGUACGCCGAGUUUGUGGUGACCUUCGUGCUGCUGCUGCCGGCGAGCGUGCCGUACGCGCUGUUCAACGGCACCCUCUUCAACGCCCUCGCCCUGCUCGCCGUCGCCUCGCACUGCAAGGCCAUGCUCACUGACCCCGGCGCUGUUCCCAAGGGCAACGCAACAAAGGAGUACAUCGAGAGCCUGCAGCUUCAGCCCGGCCAGGUGGUCUACAAGUGCCCCAAGUGCUGCAGCAUCAAGCCAGACCGGGCCCACCACUGCAGCGUGUGCAAGAGGUGCAUCAGGAAGAUGGACCACCACUGCCCCUGGGUGAAUAACUGUGUCGGUGAAAGCAACCAGAAGUACUUUGUACUCUUCACAAUGUACAUCGCGCUCAUCUCCGUACACGCACUCGUCAUGGUGCUCAUCCACUUGGUGUACUGCUCCGGGGAGAACUGGGAGAAGUGCAGCACGUUCUCGCCGUCGUCCUCCGUGAUCCUGCUCAUCUUGCUGUCCCUCGAGGGCCUCCUCUUCUUCAUCUUCACCACGAUCAUGUGCGGCACGCAGGUCUACUCCAUCUGCACCGACGAGACGGGGAUCGAGCAGCUGAAGAGAGAGGAGCCCCGAUGGGUGAAGCAGUCCAAGUGGAUGAACAUGAAGUCCGUGUUUGGUCACCCGUUCUCCAUCGCGUGGUUCAACCCUUUUGUAGCACCGGAUUACGGAAAAGCGGAGCCGUACCAGUACACGGUGUGACCCGUGCCGGCCCCACCGCCCGCUGUGCGUGUGCCAGUGAGUCCCGGGCAUUAUUCGGGACGUGACCACAGACACUGACGCCCGGUGGAACCCGGGCUUGGCUGGAGUCGGCGUGUAAAUUGUACGCACGUGUGUGCGAGCACACGCGAGCGAGUGUGUCGUUGUGGCAAUUUUGAGAUCGUGCUGAAUUAAUUCUCGCCUUAAAAGUCAUUGGGUAAAGAGCAUCUCGGUAAUGCUUAAGGCAAGGGAGGAAUCGAAUACAGUGUUUGCCAAAUAUUCGAUGGACGUUCACAACGAUUAACGCGUAGGCAGCACCAACAGCAGCAGCAGGAUCGCCUCGCUGUGCAUGGCAUUGAGAGGCACCUUCGCCACACGUAGAAUUUGUAAUGAUACUGUGAUCAUGAGCGACUGUGCUGCUGGUGUUGGGAAGCGACCACUAGCCUUCAAUAAAUAGUGCCAGGAUACUGCGUUCAUACGUGUGUGUGCGCGCCCUGCAGUGUCACAGGGCACAGCGGAAGGAUUCCGGGUGCCAUUCACGACUCGCGUGACACUCUGGGGCACUUGAUAUUGCUUCAUGCCGAGGGUGAGGUGAGGUGUGCUGUGGGUAACGCGUGUAAUUCGAGUUCAAAUCGUCACGUUGCUAAGACUGCACACCAAUAGGAAAAAUAUCCAUCGGGCUGCCGACAAAAAUCACAAACGAUGAUGGCGGGUCGGCGCAUCCUUCUGGCUGCCUUUGUACAUUUUAGUUAUUUUAAUCUCUCCGUUGUGUUUUCGGCUUGUGCCGCAUGCUGUUCGGCACGACGUCCCGAAGUUUCUCUAGACGUGCCGAGAGCUUCCUCAGGAAGGGAACGAUCUUGAAGAAACUUCGGGUAUUUAGGUGAUGUCAAAAUCAAAAUACAAGUGUAAAGGAACCGGUGGGUCUCACUGACAGUGGCGGGUUGUCGCUGUUGCUGUGCAGUCUUUGACCCCGCGUGUCUGGGUAUCAUUGACAGCCCCCGUGCAAGCCUGUGAGCGGGUUAUAAAUUGGCAAACAUUACGAGUGUGUAAUAUUAUGCAAAUAUUCCAAAGAGUGAUUUUUUUUUCUCCAAAAAAAGCUCUUUUAACGAAAUGGAAAACCACUACAUUGUUUACUAUUCUCAUAGAGUUUUACAUCAGUUGGAAAUACAUGAUAGAAUGUCAUAGCGCUUUCCAUUUUAAUCAAAGGGGCGGCACUUGACAGGAAUACCAUUGGGGCAGUACUUCUCAGUCUUUCAUGAUGCCAAGCUGGGCCACGCUAUGUCAAUUUACAAAGGUGGUGAGCAAGGCUUAAUUUCAGUUGGAGCUGUCCGGGUCAGAUAUCUUGAAAAUAAUGCAUGAGAAAUUAAGCCGGAGGGAGGGUGACACACAAAAUAGUAUAAUGCAACACUUGUGUGUAUGUGUGUAUGUUAAACUUCUUUCGCACCGUACAUAGCCAACCGUGCUAAUCGGAGGUGCGAGGGAAGGAUAACAGACUAAACACAAAAAGCAGUUCUGAAGAAAUUCGAUUUUAAAUUAGAUUUAAAAGUGCAUAGCUCCAGUGGCUUCCUAAUAUUAGAAGGAAGAGCGUUCCAGAUGGCCGCAGAAGAACAUCUGAAAGUGCACGAUGCAGUGAUGGGUCUUUGUUCGAUGGUUAGCCAAAAGCCGCUGCUGUUCGGAUGACCGGAGUUCACGUGAUGGUUUAUGCUCCUUGAGAUCAGCAAAGUUGUGUUGCUGGAGGAUGCGCAUGAGGCUGUGUGGAGAGAAUCCCCAAUUCGAUGAUAAUCUUCUGCGAUGGUAGCGGAGGCGGUCAAUCUUAAUUGAAGUAAAUAAGGAGUCGACAUUUUUACGGAAACCUUGGGUGAGAAGCGCUGAACGGUGCCGAGUGCAGUGCUGUAGUUGAGUGAAUUAAAGAUUUUUAAGCCGUUUUUUUUUAACGUGAACCUUGUUUGAUCGCAGCACGUUGAGGCGGUGUUCACCCCGCCACCUGCACGUGCGGCGGAGACCCCCGCAUAAACGCGAACGUCGGCAAACGCCGCGCGCUGCAACGCAUCGUGGUCCGUGGCGAGAUGUCACUCCUGUCCGGAGAUGCCCUCCCCCCCCACCAACCUUCCGCCCCCUCAAAGGCUCAGCCCCCCUUGGACAUUUUAAAGUCAAAAAUAUCGGUUACAAUAUUUAACGGCGGCGGUGGUGGUUUUUCUUCAGCGAAGCGAUGGGCGCCGCAGCCAUUCCUUGUACACGCAGAGGGGUGACGGCCCAAGCUGAUGGACGGGAGCGGAACGCAUCGUUGCCCCGCUCUUUCUGGCGUGCAACGUUUCUUUUAAACUUUGUUUAUCCUUGAAUGUGCCGUGCACUUCACGUUAUACGCGCUGACGUGACAGGGUGGCUCUCCAGCGUUGUUAGUUUCUCAUUGCAUGAGAGCCGGUACAAGCCAGCCGGUACUGCACAUGCAUCACACCAUAUAUGGUACUGCACACGGCCAUGUGAAAUGAUCUGAAAAGAUAAAUGAGCAGCCAUGCAAUUUCUUGCUCACACCACUGCUGGCAGAAGGGCCUCCACGAGCGGGAUCAUUUAGAGGAUAUUUUGGCCUCUUUCACACCGGCCAGCCAUCUCAAAAGAGAUGGGAGUCCCCAUACCGACACUUUACCCUGCCACACGCGACCUGCCGAUGGACAAGGUGUGGUAUACCCAUGUGGACACUGCUGCGUGGACAGAGGCAGCCAUGGGAGGGAGGGGUGAGAAACUUGCACCGUUUCAACUGCCGCCACGGAAGAGUGAAUCGCACCGAUGGCCUGGGUUGCAAGUCCUGUGUGCUCACCGUUACACGAGGGCAGGAUCCCCAGAUGUGACCUCGGAGCAACAAAUCCGGGCCUUUGGUUGACUCUGGACGGAAUAAUGACCGUGUCAGAUGUCUCCCGCUGGGACUCUGCUACCAGUAGAUCGCAGUCGGCCUAUCGUCCUUCGUUUGCUCUUCCAGCGAGAAGGAAAAGCAUCACUUGAUUUUUUUUACACCGUCUUUUGACGAAGACCAGCCUCAAAACUUGCUCAAAUUUAAUUGUAAUGCGGAACUAAUCGCACACUAAAAAGAACGCCACUGCCGUUCACAAUGUUGAGUUUUCAUCGCUGUGUAAAAUUGUGCGGUGCGUUUUAAUGUCGCAAAGCACUGCCGCGGGACGUAAGUUGGCGUGAACAUUCUAUCUUUGUACGUUUAGACAGUGUUUCACGAUCUCAUAGCAGGCUAUCAGUGAACAUUGGAGCUGGCGCGACAGCAAUGGCACCUGGCGUUUGCUGACCUCGCUGAGAGAUUAAAAAAACAUCCGUUGUGUUCGUAACUGUGGUGACUGAGCUUAGAGAAGCCUCUUUUCUCGGCAUACCCGCACAGAUAAAUAUCAGUGGCCUACAUAUUUGUUCAACCAGUGGAACAUAUUUGACGCCUCAACAAAAAUGCCCCACCACCACCUCUACGUAUUUGUACCGCUUGCAAGAUGAUUCUGAGCUCAUCAAAUAUUCAGGAAUGUAAACCAAAAUUCCUAAAUAUUAGUUCUUCAGGGCACAGAUAUUCAGGGGGGGAGGGUGAGAAUCAUUCUCUGACGUCGGGCUCACUGCUUGAACCAAAACAAUUGAGGCUGCAGUCUGUUCAAAACUGGAAGUUAACAAACUAGUUUACUGCCCUCGCAGUGAUGUGGCUAUUGGGUGUGCCGGCGGUGCCACUGCUCCAUUGACCAGUGGUUCAAGCUUCAUGCUCCACAGAGGGAAGUUGAGCCGGGACCCACCAUUGCAUUCAUUCCAACAGGGCACAUGCCAAACGCGCUCCACCCCUGGGCACCCUCGGCUUAAACGGUCCAAGUGGACUGGUCCUGAGGUCUCGUCCACACCUCGCAGCCAGGGAAUUCACGUGGCCAUGCUAAAUUAGUUUGCAGAGUGGAUAUGGGAGUGGGGUUGCGUUUGUGGUCAGUGUAUGUAAAUACGGAAUGUGAAUAAAGGCACGGACUGGCA